UUCAAAAAAAGUUUAACAUUCAACUCGAAUAAUUAUUAUUAUCAACACAUAAUUAUGUUGUUAUCAAUAUAUCGUGAUCAUAAAGUUUUUUCCGACCGCACCUGAAGGCACCUUGUGCGUCUUCCUUUUGUAACCAUAAGGAAGCGAGACGUUCAUGGAGGCCGGAGCUCCGGGGGUCGCGGAGGAUCUGUUGAGAGGGAUCGACUGCCACGAGGCCGCAGACACGCUCGGUAACCGGAUCACUCUUCAUGAAGUGGGCUCGCGGGUCGAUGACGUCAUUCUGCAGAGCAGCUCGUGCUCUCGAUAGAGGAGAUGAAGUUUGAACCGCCGCGCUGCACGUAAACUUUCGCUUUCGGAGCCGUGGCGGGAAAACAAAGAAAAGAGGAAGAAACACGUGAAAUAAUAAAAGAUUGACCGGAUGUAUGAAGCAGCCUCGAGACCCUGAGCCGGAGCGCCAGGUGUGACCGCCAUGGCCGGAGAGAAGCGCUCAGGGGAGCAGUUUGUGGACGAGCAUCGAGUCCAGCUGAUCGACAGGGUGACCGACGUCGGACCGGUUCUGGACGGACUCCUGGACAAAGAAGUCGUCCCGCAGGGGAUUUACGCUGACAUCAUGGCCAAAAUGACCAGCGAGGCUCAGAUGAGGCAGCUCUACUCGGGCGCCCUGCACGCUGCUGGACGUGAAGGCAAAGAAGUCUUCUACCAACUCCUUGAGAAGCAUGAGCCAUAUCUCAUGAAGGACCUCAAGAGAAACAAGAACGCCAAGAAGGAGUCUGACCUGGAGGCGGCCGUGCUGAGGGUGAGGGACCUGGAGGCCCGGCUGAACUCUAAGGACACCGCCAUGGGGGAGAAGAGGACCCUGGAGGCCGAGAUGAAGGACCUGAAGGCCCAGCUGGCCGAGUUGGAAGGCAGCUUAGCCGACGCCAAGAGGAAGGUGCAGGACGAGAUGCUGAGGAGGGUGGACACGGAGAACCGCCUGCAGACCCUGAAGGAGGAGCUGGAGUUCCAGAAGAACAUCGCCAACCAGCUCCGUCUCCAUGGCGACGACAGCGAGGCCUCCAGCGAGGCGGGGGGCCCCGGGGCCCCCUGCCACAUCGUCCAGGAGGCCUCGGCCAGCGGGCGCGUCACGGUGGAGGAGGAGUGUGACGGGGAGUCCAUGCGCCUGAGGAACAAGUCACACGAGGACCAACCUAUAGGCAGCUGGCAGCUGAAGAGGCAGGUGGGCGACGGCUCGCCCAUCGUCUUCAAGUUCCCCCACAAGUUCAGUGUGAAGGCCGGAGGAACCGUCACGAUCUGGGCUGCCUCCGGCGGUGGAACCCACAACCCUCCCACUGACCUGGUGUGGAGGAACCAGAGCUCCUGGGGAGCCGGCGACGUCGUGCGGACCACCCUCACCAGCGCCAGCGGAGAGGAAAUGGCCAAGAGGAAAGUGACCCGCACCCUGAACGUGGAAUUGAUCGCGGCCCUCAACUGACAGGUGUUAUGACUCACACACACACACCUGACCACGAAGAUAAAGGCCCGAUCCUAUAAAGAUAUAACAUUGCCGUGACACACCACACACUCUGGACUCACACUCUAAUAAUAGACACACAUCUAUCUUCUUUUCUUUAGUUAUGACAGCUGUUUAUGAAAGCUGCUCAUGUCCCCGUAACGCUGUAAUGUCUCUCUUCCGCCACCAGGGGCAAGAAGCAGGAAAAUAAAUAAAAUCAAAACA